AUGGAGAACUAUGAAAGUCUCGGCACGAUCGGCGAAGGAACGUACGGCGUGGUACUCAAAUGUCGACACAAGGCUACGGGCCAGAUAGUUGCAAUAAAGAAAUUCAAAGAAUCGGACGACGACGAGCAGGUCAAGAAGACGGCACUUCGAGAGAUCAAGAUCCUCAAGCAGCUCAAACACGAGAAUAUCGUGAGUCUGCUCGAGGUUUUUCGGAUGAAAGGCAAACUCUAUUUAGUCUUCGAGUUCGUGGAAAAGACGAUUCUCGAGGAGAUCGAGCGGCAUCCAGACGGUCUGGACCCGUCAACACUCAAGAACCUCAUGUGGCAGCUCGUGCGAGCCAUCACUUUCUGCCACCAGCACAACAUCAUCCACCGAGACAUCAAACCUGAAAACCUGCUGGUCUCUCGGAAUGGCGUGCUCAAGCUCUGCGACUUUGGCUUUGCGCGGCCUUUGGCAACAGCAGGUGCCAAGUACACAGAGUACGUGUCUACGCGAUGGUAUCGAGCACCGGAGCUGCUAGUUGGCGAUGUGUCUUACGGUAAAGCAGUCGACGUGUGGUCCAUUGGCUGCAUGUUCGCUGAGAUCGCCACAGGAUUGCCCUUAUUUCCAGGGGACUCGGACAUCGAUCAGUUGUACCAUAUUAUCCGUUGUCUAGGUCGCAUCACCUCAAGGCAACAAGAUCUCUUUCGAAAGAAUGCGCUCUACGUUGGUGUUAAGCUGCCACAAGCCAGGGAACUUGAGCCGCUGGAAGCGCGUUUCCCAACUAUGGACAAAGUAUCACUGGAUUUCAUCCGACAAACGAUCGUAGACGAGCCUCUCGAUCGCUGGACUUGUGCUGAAUUACUCAAACACCCUUUCUUCGACAACUCACACGAAGCGUUUGAAGCAGAACUACAAGAGGCGAUUGCGCGGGAUCUCAACGAUACAGCUGCGGUCCGGAAAAAGCGAGCACGGAAACCUUCGCGUGGCAAUGCACUUGCUGGGGCCAUCCCUGUGAUGCCUGUUUCUUCAUCAAGUUUCAAUGAUCCUAUGGCGAAUGGUGUUGACAACUGUAAACCUCUCGGCAAACUCCUCUUUGCACCUGUGCAGAAAAAAGAGAAGAGUGGCGUGGCAGCUAGUGACAAUAGUAACCCACACAUGUUAUCGCGAAAAACACCCCCGGGGAAUGGGUUUAUCCCUGGUGGAGCGUACCAUUUACCGACACUUCAAGGCGCAAUGAAUAACUCGUCCAGCACCAGCUCUACGUCAAGUACAAUAAGUGUAAACAACCACAUCAACUCGGGUGGCUCCGGUGGCGACAGUGGCAGUACCAGUCCUCUCUUUUCUCAGAACAAGAAGCUCAUGCUACCGUCAGGUGCGGUGCCUUCCAUCUCUGAACACUAUCCAGCUGCAUCCUACGCGCAAUCUGUACCCACAGACCACUUGACGUACAUCGGUCUACAUGACAGUGUUCGAGUUUCCAUGACUUCUCCUGGCAGUCGAUUAGGAGCAGCAGGUCCAGCUGGAGGCAUCGCAGUUCAUCCGUACUCAACUCCACCGCCAAAGCCACCUUCGUCUUAUUUGAAGAAUCCUUAUGGGGUCCACCAGAUCUCUUCUAAACGAGGAAAUGGGAAGCAUGGCGGCUCGAAUUUACCCAGUUCUAUGGACUCGUACUCUCCUAAGAGAUCAGUGAAGAACGCACAUAAUUCUUACGGACACGGCACGGGGUGGAGUGGCUCUAAGAAAGGGAUUUCUACAGCCAGUACUGUCGGCGCAACAGCCACUAUGAAAAAAAGUACAGCAUCACAAGGACUGUACGCACCCCCGAGAACAUCUCAUAGUACAAUUCGGGCCGCAGCACUACCACAAGGGAAUUUUAGCACACGUCCGACGAGAUAG